GAUAAUAUCCCUACAGUCUGACUGUUCGGUGUAGCUGUGUACAAUACGUGACUUUAACUGACCAAUAUUUCAGAGAUUCAAAGCAACAAGUUGACAUCCCUGACAUUUUCUGCAAACCAAUCAAAAAUAAAUCCUACUGAUGACAUGGAUGAAGACCAGCUUCUACACUAUUCCAUCCAGUUGAGCAUUCAUGAGUCUUGUCAGAAAGAAUAUCUUUCAACAUUAGAGAGCAAUGACCAUCUGAAGAUCUUGAAGGCCAUUGAGCAAGGUGAUAUAUUCGCUUUACAGGAACUAUCAGAAUUCCCAGCUGGCUUUGGAAAAACAGAUGACCGAGGCUGGUUCCCUAUCCACAAGGCAGCGGCCCAACCCCUGAUCCAGGUGCUGGAGAUCGUUUUGUUCGCUUCUUGUAGGCUAACUCUGGAGGAGAGGACGACAGAAGGGGAGACGUUGCUAACGCUAGCUGCUAAAGCUGGUCUAGUUGAGAAUGUGAAAAUGCUUGUAGAACAUGGAGUGUGUCCGAACAACACCAACGCCAAGAAUGAGUCGCCAUUAGUAUUAGCCGUUAGAUCAGGAUCAUACGAAAUGGCUUCUGCGCUUAUUACAAGAGGGGCGCGGGUGGAGCAGGUGUGUCAGAAGAAGUGGACGGCCACUCAUGAGGCUGCCAUGGUGGGUUGCACUGAAAUUAUGGAGCUGCUAUUAGACCAUGGAGGCCAUGUCAGCGAGACAGACCAGCACGGAGUUACUCCACUAGGGAUCGCAGCAGAGUACGCCCACGCGGAGGUUCUCAAACUCCUCAUUAAACAUGGGGGCGAUGUGAACGCGCAGGCCCCCAAUGGAGACAGUGUUCUGUACGACGCUGCUGGAUCUGGGAAUCCAGACUGUAUAGACCUCCUGCUACAGCAUGGAGCCAAUCCCAACAUCCCCAGUCUAUGCUCACAGUUACCUCUUCACCGAGCAGCCUAUGAAGGGCAUUACCUGGCACUGAGAACCCUAAUCCCUAAAACCACACGAAGAGCCAUUAGGUUGUCAGGACAAAGUCCUGUUCACUCUGCAUCAGACGGAGGCCAUGUUCAGUGUCUGGAGCUACUGGUGGAGAAGGGUUUCGAUGUCAACACCGUCCUCGAAUCUCACAUCUCUGAAAACUACGGAGACAUGAGAAGAACCGCGUUGUACUUUGCGGUCUCCAAUGGAGACGUGACUUGCACAAAAAUGCUGCUGAACAAAGGAGCCAAAUCUGACCUGGAUCCCCUACGCUGCCUCUUAGUGGCUGUCAGAGCCAGGCGGUAUGAGAUAGUGAAGCUUCUACUGGCCAAACGGGCAGACGUCAACUGUUACUUCACGGUGGUCAGCGACACCGUGUUUCCCACCGCCCUGCAGUACUGCCUGAGUGACGAGAUGAUGAUGCGUCUCCUGCUUAACAACGGCUACGACGCAGAGACAUGUUUUGAUUGUAACCAUGGAGACAACCUGGACUACGUAGAGGAGUCUGGGCACAGAGACGAAAAAGUUCCUCUCUGUGAUUUCAUCAGUGUUUCCUGGCUGGUGCAUCUAGCUGGCAGGGCGGUGUGGAUCCUUCUAGACUAUGUCUGUCUCGUGCCACUCUGUACCAAACUGAAACAGAUCCUGGCUAAGCACAAAGAGUGGCCUCAGAUAUGCAACAUAUUGGGGAACCCCCGUUCUUUAUCACACCUGUGCCGACUAAUCAUCAGGAAGCAGAUUACCCCAAAAAGACUGGCUGACCCCAACAUCAUGGCCUCCGCCCCCUUCCCACCUAGACUGAGAGACUACCUCCUGUACAAGGAGCAAGAUUUAUAUGGCAAGAUUAUCUGUAUUGAAAACUGAAAAUCCAAAACACUGCUGACUAAACAGAGGUUACUUCAUGUUUUUGAGCGCAUAUUACCUGUCACUUUCCAUUAAAAUGUAGAUCCACCAUUGUAAAGAGUCACAGAGGUAGAAAGGGGAUAUGCUAAAAUAAUGUAUGUCAUGCUUGACAGCUUGUGAUUAGUAACUGAGAUGUAUCUAGUCAUGCUUUUCAAAUGAUUGACAAUUGUCAUGGUCCAUAUCCAUGUUUUAGAUGUUAAGGGAUAUUGAAAGGUCUGUCAUUUAAGGCCUAAUGUCUAAACCCUGUUUCAGUCCGGUCAAAUGUUGAAGAAUGGGACAACCUUGCAUGGAGCUUAUACGUUUAUUAUUCCACUGAAAGAGACAUAACCAGCUACUGUAGAUUUGCUCCUAAGACAUACAAAAGUAAAUUAAAUCUAAAUGAAGAAUGUUUUAUAAUUUAACAUGUAUUUAUUUUGUGUAUUGACAUUGAGACCUAAGCCCUUUUUUUCAGAUGAGCCCUGUAAUAAAACAUUUUAAAGAAGCAUUUAAAGAAAAUACAAGUUGUUUUACU